UCAAACCUAGUAGUUUAUGCUCCUACACUCGUAUGAUAAAAUUCAGUCUCGAAAGCCCCCAUAAAUCCCACUCUCAUUUCAAUGGUGUGAAGGCAUCAUAAUUAGCCUCGGAACCUCAUCUACACCAUGUCCAACAACAUCCGUGCUCUAUCCAUACAUUUCCUCCCCAUCUUCUAAUUUAAGAAACCGCCUCACGAGCUAGCCAUAAAAACAGGAAGGGCUUGCAGAUCUUGGCUGUUCCAAGCUCUCCCCAUCCAAUCAAAUCCAAGUCUUACACAUAGAAAUUAGAUAGAAAAGCUUUGAUUUUAGUUACAAAUCCCUCAAUUCUCCAUUUCCCAUUUGUGAAGAUUCUCAUUCAAACCACAACAACAACAACAAAAAGCACCCAGACCCCUAUUUUUAAAGCAAACUAAAAUUAACCAGUUUCUUGAUCUCCCGUUACAUAAAUUUGAAAACCCCCCCCUCUCUCUCUCUCUAAAUCUAUACCUCUUCAUUCUACCCAAUCACCAUUUUUAACAGAAAACAAGAAACUUUGCUCUUUAUUCUGUCAAAGAGACAGUCACCAAACAACACCUAUCCAUCCUUCCACGAAACCAGAAAGAAAAGAAGAAAAAAAAAGAUUCCUUAUACCCUUCAAACCCAACAUGAAAAAACAGCUAAAAUAGCAAAGACCCUUCUUCCUUAUCUCCACCACCACCACCACCACCAAUCAAUCUACAUUCCUUCAAACCCUAACCCUUACCUCUUAAAACCAAAGAGAACCCACAUUUUGUUUUUUCAAGAAAAUGUCUCAUCUUGAUCACACCCCGUCAACACCAGGCAAAUUCAAGAUUGACAAAUCACCAUAUUAUUCAAGAACAAGGUGGCAUUCCUCUGUAGCCAAACUUACUCUCUGGUCUUCUCUCUUUGUUGCCUUAAUCUUUCUCUUCUUUUAUCGCUCCCCAUCUUCUUCAUCAAGCAACCCUCCAUCCUCCGAUCCAUCACGCCGCUAUCUUGCUUCCGCUACUUGGGGCGGAGCUGCUUGGGAAAAGCGGGUCCGGACAUCUGCCCGAAUCCGGUCUCGAAAUGGAUUCUCUGUUUUAGUCACAGGAGCAGCUGGUUUUGUUGGAACCCAUGUUUCUUCUGCCCUUAAACGCCGCGGAGAUGGUGUUCUGGGGAUUGAUAAUUUCAAUGAUUACUACGAUCCAACUUUGAAGAGAGCAAGACAAGCACUUCUUGAAAGGAGUGGUGUUUUUAUUGUGGAAGGAGAUAUAAAUGAUGUUGCUUUGUUGAAGAAAUUGUUUGACAUUGUGCCUUUUACUCAUGUUAUGCAUUUGGCAGCUCAAGCUGGUGUUAGGUAUGCAAUGCAAAAUCCUGGCUCUUAUGUGCAUAGUAAUAUUGCUGGUUUUGUUAGUUUGUUAGAAGUUUGUAAAGAUGCAAAUCCACAACCAGCUAUUGUUUGGGCAUCAUCUAGUUCUGUUUAUGGGCUUAAUACUAAAGUGCCUUUCUCUGAGAAAGAUAGAACUGAUCAACCUGCUAGUUUAUACGCUGCUACUAAGAAAGCUGGUGAGGAAAUUGCACACACUUACAAUCAUAUUUACGGACUUUCCCUUACUGGAUUGCGAUUUUUUACGGUCUAUGGACCCUGGGGGAGGCCGGAUAUGGCAUAUUUCUUUUUUACCAAGGACAUUUUGAAGGGGAAGAGUAUUCCGAUUUUUGAGGCUGCGAAUCAUGGGACAGUUGCUAGGGAUUUUACCUACAUUGAUGAUAUUGUGAAAGGUUGUUUGGGUUCGUUGGAUACAGCAGAGAAGAGUACCGGGAGUGGAGGGAAGAAGAAAGGGCCGGCACAAUUGAGGGUUUUCAAUUUGGGGAAUACAUCUCCUGUGCCAGUUACUGAUCUUGUUAGUAUUUUGGAAAGGCUUUUGAAGGUUAAGGCUAAAAGGAAUGUUAUGAAGUUGCCACGCAACGGGGAUGUUCCAUAUACACACGCAAAUAUUAGUUAUGCUCAGAAGGAAUUUGGAUAUAAGCCUACCACGGAUCUGCAGACAGGGUUGAAGAAAUUUGUGCGGUGGUACCUCAGUUACUAUGGAGACAAGAAGGCUGUUGCAAGAUGAGUUGAAUUUUUUUGGUUCAGAACUUGGAAAACAUUCCUUGUUCAUUAUGAUUCUUAUAAUUGCUUUCUUAACAUUUCUGUGUUGUUCACUGCAUGAAAAUUGUCUUUCAUAUAUGUUUAAUUGAUGCUGUACAAGGAGGAAUAUCGUGUCCUAUGUUGAAGAAGAUUGUUUGGUUGGUGGAUUUUGUUUUGUUGGGCACUUGCUGCACCGUAUCAAAACAAAGCCAGAACCAUCCUUCUCUUUUGUUUCCUAUUUUUUGGAAUGUAAUUGUUGUAGUUUCGGCAUUGUAGAAUUCAUGACUGAUAGAGCAUAUGUUGAUUGUUGGACUUGUAUCAUUUAAUAAAAUAGCACACGUGAAUUUCACAUC